GUAGUUUUAAAAAAUAAACAAUUUAUAUUUCAAAUAGAAAGUAUAAAGACUAGUUAAACAAUAAUAUCAUGUAAAUUGAAUGCAUACGUGAAGGUAUUUUGUUAUGAGAAUCCUUUCUGCCUUCCUCAAUAAAUUCGUAUCAUAUUUAACGAGACUUAGCUAUUCUCCAAAAUUUAUUAUUUUCCUCAAUAAUACAAACGUAUUUAAAGAACAAAAAACAGAUUUUACUAAAAUAAUAAACAUUCAACACAUGGGCUACUCCAUACCUGUUUUUAACCUUCUUUUGACAUCAUUUGUUGUAUAUUGUAAAUAAUAAAUAUAAUCUCAAAAACGUUUUAAACUGUGCUGGUAAUUUGUUUAUUCAGUAAUUAUAUUUUAAAAUGGCAGAAUCAGAAUAUAAUAGUAUAGAAGGUAUUUUAAAAAAAUUACCCACAGAUGACUAUCAAAAAAUACAGGACGUACUUUAUGGUACAGGGUGUAGAACAAUCCCAUUAUCAAAGGAAAUCGUAGAUCUAUCUGAGAAAUAUGACUUAGAAAUUGCAGCACACACUUUUAAUUGUAAAGAAGAACAACUUCGGGUACCACGAAAAACUAUAGUCGGUUUAUUUCAAAAUAAAACUCCGCUACCGACAUGGACUCCAAUAAAACAAAUGAGAGACGCCAUGUUGAAAAUGGCCGGCGAAACUUUGGAAAUCGCAUUUAAAGGAGGCGUCAACGUUUUUUGUUUUCAAGAAGCGUGGAAUAUGCCUUUUGCUUUUUGUACUCGAGAAAAAUCACCGUGGUGUGAAUAUGCCGAGGAUGCGGAACACGGUCCAACUACUGUAUAUUUGCAAGAAUUGGCGAAACGGUAUAAUAUGGUGAUAUUAUCACCAAUUCUAGAACGAGACAAUCGACAUGGUGAAACUAUAUGGAAUACAUGCGUAGUAAUCGACAAUCACGGGGAAUAUUUAGGAAAACAUAGAAAAAACCAUAUUCCCAGAGUGGGAGAUUUCAACGAAUCCACUUAUUAUUUCGAAGGAAAUACCGGACAUCCCGUUUUCCAAACGGAAUUCGGUAGAAUUGGAAUUAAUAUUUGUUUCGGAAGACACCAUCCAUUAAAUUGGUUGGGUUUCGGAAUUAACGGAGCCGAAAUCGUUUUCAAUCCAUCAGCUACGAUAAAUGGUUUAAGUGAACCGUUAUGGGGGAUAGAAGCGAGGAAUGCCGCCAUAGCUAACUCCUAUUUCACCUGCGCAAUUAACAGGGUGGGAACAGAGAUAUUCGAAAAUGAAUUUAGCUCAGGUAAUGGCUUACCAGCGCAUAAAGACUUCGGACAUUUCUACGGUUCCAGUUAUGUAGCAGCACCAGAUGGUUCCCGAAGUCCGGGAUUAUCGAGAACGAGAAACGGUCUACUUAUAGCAGAACUUGAUCUUAAUCUAUGCAGACAAGUGAAAGAUCUUUGGGGAUUCCAAAUGACCCAAAGAUUGGAGUUGUAUGCCAAGCUUUUAAACGAAGCCAUCAAACCAGAUUUCAAACAACAAAUAAUAAAAAAGGGAAGCGAUUAAACGAUUAUCUAUUGAAAGUAAGCCUGUUUAUAUUUUUACACUUUUUAUUGAUAUUAAAAAUUGUAUAAAGUGAAAUUAUUUGCUUUUUCCCAAUAUAAAAAUUGAUAUACUAUGAAAAAGUGAUACACUAGAAAAUGUAACAACGUUGCAAAACUUUUAAAAAAGUUUGUGGGAAUUUUGAGUAAUUGAGAGGUAAAUAGGUAAAUAAAUUCAAAUAUAUAAUAAAGUUGA